AUGAGGCGACGCAACAAGCAAUUCAUCGGGUCCUCCAUUGGUCCCAAAACUGUAUUUGAUAUCCUACUUGUGCGUUGGAGUGCCAAAAAAAUAAAAUAAACCCAAUUGCAGCUCAGGUAGCCGGCGUUGCUAAUAUACGUGUGUCCUUUCCUCCAAACAAACCGCCGUCUGGAAGCAAAAACAAACCAACCAAUCAGAAAACGCCAAAAAGAUACGACCCACUUGGUCUAGCGCCCUCUAUGGUAUUGGAGCAGUAGUGAGUAAUUAUUAUUAUUAUCAUUUAUUUUUUGAAUUGAACAAACAAACAUGUAUUCAGAAUGAACACAAAAUCUAUGGCACUUUCAUUAUAACAAUUUUCAACAUCCACCAGGUUGAGCAACUAUUGUCUUCAACAAAAAAUGUCAAGGGAAGAGAAUAAAAUCAAAUACAAAUAGAAUAUUGAAAAAAUAAAAAACUUAAAUAAAUAAUAAAAAAUAGGAUACGAUGUGCAGUAGUGAGUAAAUAUACAGUAAAGUGUUAGUGGUUUCUUCUUCUUCUUUUAAAUUUUACGGCAGCUGGCAUCCAUCUGUGUUGCAUUACUGCCAUCUUCAGUUUCUGUAAGUGGUUUAACCUUGACUCUAAACUAUAUAUGCUCAUAUUAUUCAACAUUUUAUUAUCCACCCAUCCAUCCAUGUUUUACCGCUUGACCCGUUCGGGGUCGCGGGGGUGCUGUAUCAUUCCCUCAAAUAAUCCAGCUUUGAAACGGAAGAACAACCACGAUAAUGUAUUGAAACAAACAUACUGAAAUAUUUAUUGAAUAUUUCAGCAUACUAUGUAUGAAAUAUCAAUUGUCUGUGUUUAGUGUAUGCAAUUGUGUACAAUACCAGCGUAAACAUGUAUUAUAUCAGAUUAUUAUAUUAUAUUAUAUCCAUCCAUCCAUCAAUUUAUCCAUCCAUCCAUUUUUUCUACCGCUUGUCCCUUUUGGUAUCGCGGGGGGGGUGCUGGAGCCUAUCUCAGCUGCAUUUGGACGGAAGGCGGGGUACACCCUGGACAAGUCGCCACAGUUAUAUUCAAACAAAGUCGAAAACAACCACGUUACGUAGCUUCUAAAACGAACAAUAACAUGGGAGAACUCUCUUGCUCCUCCCACAUAUCUUUGUCAGAAUAGGACCCGCCUUCCGGAAAAGAAUAAAUGCUAUUGGUUGAUUAAGCAAAACGCGGACACCGAUUGGUGAUUCGGGUUUGCUAUUCCAACUGGCUGUCCUUCAGUAGGCCACAACGUUCCACUCUGUCAAGUCUAUCAGCAAUUCGUGUAUCUCCUUAGAAGCUAGUAUGUUAUAACUCCUUUAAUUUACGAAUAUUUAUCGGAGCUCGUUUCGUCAGAGAAGAGGAUAUAGAACGUAGAAAAACUAUGUUCUGAGUGAGUGUCCCACAACAUCUGCGGCCUAUUAGCUACGAGCUAGUUAGCAAACUUGACAUUUAGUUGACUUAGUUCUGGGAAAAUCUUAUCUGGUGAUCCAACCUGUCCACUGCUGGUAAGUGCCCACAGGAGUCCACAACAUCACAAUGACCUCUCAAGAUGGAGAGGGAGCUGGAGGAUUUAACCUUUCGCCCCACCUGCACACUGAUGACUGCAAUGAGCUCAUAAACCGCCUGAAGCAGUGCCACACAGAGCACAAUUUCUUGAAGUUCUUCGGAACGUGCAACGACGACGACCGCGCCAUGCGUCACUGCCUGCACAAUGAGAGGCUGGAAAAGCGGGAGCGCAACAAACAUCAUGCACAAGCCAUGAGAAAAAGGCUGAAAGACGCAUCCAAGGAACAGCUCUCAUAGACAUUUUAUCGGCAACCUUCAUCCAGGUGCGCUGUUGUGCUCAAAUAUGCAGAUGGAACACAGAACUAAUUACGUUCUAUUAUUUUGGGGAUUUAGCCGUAAAGAAAAUUGGUCACUGUGUUACAGAGGCUAGACUUAACACAAUAUACAGGAAAUAUAUUAUAAGGGUCUGUUUGCAACCUUUUGCUCUUAUUAUAUUUUUGGUUUGCAAAAUGUAACUUUGAGCAAGUUGCAAACAACCUCUUUAAUUAUUGGUGAUAGUUGAGAGACACACAGCCAAAGCUAAUGUGUGCCACAGAUGAUGGCCUACUCGUACAUUAACUCAACAAUCAUAAGAUUAUAUCUCAUCUGUACACAUUCAAACAUGCAUCAAGACUUAUGUUUUUAGGCUACUAAAUUAAUCUCACACAACACAUAAUAAUGUACAUCUGUACAACUAAAUGAGAUGCAAUACAAUAGCUAUAAGCAAAUAUUCUGCCUCUACAAAGUUUGGAUUGAUACAAUAUGUUUAUUAUUGUGGUUGUAGUUUGCAGUGGGAUUAAAACAGUGGAUGUAUUUCAAACAUGGAUUGAAAUCAGGAUUACAAAAAGCAGGACUCUUGUGAGUGGAUGGGGAAUCAUAUUGAUUUGUUUCAUUAUUUUAAAAUAAAGUGUGUUACAUUAACUACA